AUGGUCUAUGUAGGUCCCAAGGUCCCUUGUUCAUAUGUGAGUGUCAGUAAUAAUGGAGUUUGUCAAGUGGAAAACCAAAGCAUUGAAAAAUCCCUACUAAAUUUUGGAUUCAAAAAAUGUGAAUGUGAUUCCUCAAUGUUUGUUAAGAGGAUACCCAAAGGAACUGUGGCUGUAUUGGUCUGCGUGGAUGACAUUGUCAUUACUAGUGAUAAUCAUCAUGAAAUCACUAAUCUGAAACAACACUUGAAAGAGAAGUUUGACAUCAAGGAUCUUGGGAAAUUGAGGUAUUUCCUCGGGAUAGAAGUUGCUAGCUCUAACAAGGGACUGUUCAUCUCUCAAAGAAAGUAUGCUUUGGACCUGUUGAAGGAAACAAGGAAGAUGGGAGCUAAACCCGUGGAUUCUCCUAUGGACUACAACAGUAAGUUUCUUGAUGACUCAACUCCAUUACCUAAUGUUGGUCGUUUUCAGAGACUUGGGGGUAGGUUAAUAUAUUUAACUAUUACACGACCAGCAUAUGUGAAUAUCACAUAUGCCGUCAGUUAUAUCAGUCAGUUCAUGCAUGCCCCUACAAAAGGGAAUAUGAAUCUUGUUAAUCGCAUAUUGAGUUAUGUCAAAUCUUGUCCUAGAAGAGGUAUAUUGAUGGGGAGGAAUGGAGAUACUAAAGUUGUAGGGUACGUCGGUGCUAACUGGGCAGGAAACCCUAUUGACAGAAGAUCAACUACAGGUUUUUGUACCUUUGUGGGAGGAAAUCUUGUCUCAUGGAAAAGUAAGAAACAAAGUGUUGUUGCAUAUUCAAGUGCUGGGCGGAAUACAGGGCAAUGGCUGUUGCUACUAGCGAGUUAG